GUUUGUUGUAUUGUUUUACAGAAGUGCACCUGUUGCGUCCGCAUACGCGAGCUAUAUAGAUAAAGGCUCGUUUGCACAGGCGUGGCCGUAGAGUUCGUUAACGGUUUUCGAUCCGACCGUCGGUCAUAACCGAAAAGAGCCAAGACAGGUAAAAGAGGAAGUGAAAAAUGGCUCAGGUGCGUUUUACUGCUUCCCUCCUGGGGUUUUUCUGUUGUCUGUCGGUUCUGAACGCGUGUAAGUGGGACCCGGACGCGGAUCUCCAGCUGGAUACCAGCUCGUUUGAUAAUGGCGCGGCUUACCUGGCUCACCUGCCCGAGAUCACGGACGCGGAGCGGUGUCGGAGCGCGUGCUGCGAGAGAGACGACUGCCAGCUCGCUUUGAUCGGGACUCCGGCGGACGACGGCAGCCCAGAGUGCUUCUUGGUUAGCUGCGUAAAAGAUGGCAAAGACGUGUGCGUUUUGACCGAGAGCGUACAGUUUAAGGCGUAUCGCAGGAUCCUGGAUAACGCCGAUGAAGCGACCCAAAACGAGGCGGAAGUUCGCGCUGUGAACGGCACAGAUCACUGCCGUCUCCCAAGUAUGGUGGGAAAUUGCCGUGCUGCCUUCCCACGUUUUUAUUAUGACGUCACCGAUCAGACCUGUAAGCAGUUUAUUUAUGGCGGCUGCGGAGGCAACGACAACAACUUUAACUCCCAGGAGGAAUGUCAGGCUUCCUGUAGUGGGGUGAAAGCUGCUGCGCUCGAGGACUCCCAUUCCGUCGCUCAACGCAGCAGAAUGUCUGUACCUGAAAACAACAUUGAUGUGGAACCUCUUCUUAAAAUGACAUCAGAUGAAUUUCAAGCGAAGUGUCAGGCUCCCGUAAAGACCGGACGCUGCAGAGCCUCCAUUAAACGCUUUUACUACAACAAUGGCGUUUGUCAACCGUUCACCUUUGGAGGCUGUGGUGGAAACCAGAACAAUUAUGAAACUGAAGAAUCCUGCAUGACGACCUGCACAGUGAAGGUCAUUCCUAGUUCUCCUAAGAGCUUUGAAGAAACCUGUGCUGCGCCAUCCGACAGCGGCCCGUGCCGUGCAGCCUUCCAGAUGUUUUACUUUGAGCCCAGCACUCAGUCUUGUAAGCGCUUCAUCUUUGGAGGCUGCCAGGGAAACCUCAACCGCUACAGCACUGAGGAAGAGUGCAUGGCUGCUUGCUCCGGGAAAGACGGCCGAUUUGAUGGACAUGAAAGCCACACACGUAGCCGCUGGACUCCAGCCUUCUUCCUAGUGGCCACCCUGGCCAUCAUGUCUGCCCUGCUUCUGGUAGGUUUGAUCCUGAUCGCAGUGCGCAGAAACGCCCACAGGAGUCUCUUCAUAUUGGAUGAUAAGGAGGAGUUACUGCCUGCAGAGGAGCAGGUGUCUUAUGAGAAACUGCCCAAAGACGACUCAGUCUAAAACCAGAGGCCUUUUAGUGUCUGGUCUGACGAUCCAUCUCACGACACUCCAACAUUCAGCUGAAUUGCUAAGUAACAUUGAAGUUCCAUGUUAAAAAUGGUUUGUCUCAUUAUUGUUUAAAUUAGAUAUUCUACACCAGUUUUUAAUCGUAAAAUUGGGACGUGUUGCACUAAGAUUUGGUGAGUUGGUUGAAAUACUUCUGUCAUCUGUCACUUUUUAUGGUUAUAAUCCAGCAUAGUAGAAGUAAAUCAGCUUUCAGGGAUGUAUUUAUUGUCACAAGCAUAAAAUAAAUAAGGAAGUGGUGUCCCUUUUUUUUACUGAUAUGUAUGUAUACAUUCAUAAAUAAGAAUAAUUGAUUGAUUGAGCUGAUUUUUAAAGACUUUUAACGCUCAUUUUUAGUGAGAGUGAUACUGCGCUUAAGUCAUUGCUAGGGUUCUUUGAUUGUAAGCAUAUAAAAAUGCAGUAGAUAAGAGAAAAUACAACAUACCUUAACAGAAAAUGUUUUAUAUAUGUAUGAAAAUAUAUUAUCCUGUAGUAGCAACUGCAGACUUUUUGACGUACCAAUGAAUGACCUGUAACUGUGACCUAUAAUUGUUUAAUGCAUAUAAGGCUGUAUUUUAAAAAAACACUCUUAUUUUAAAGUCUUCAAUAAUAAAGGACAUUUAUUCA